ACUGAGUACACUUUACACACAAAAAAAGAUAGAAGAAACCCCAGUUCCCACUCACCCACCCCCACGGCCAGCCAAUCUGUUUAUCAUCAAUGUCUUGAUUCUCCUCCUCCUCCUUCUCAAGCUGUUUCUUCAGAUGGGUUUUCUCUCAAGACCAUUUCCCAUUCUCCUAUCCAUCUUCUUCUUCUUCACCAUGGCUAAAUCUGCCUCUGACUACACUACUUUAGUCUACAAAGGCUGUGCCAAACAGUCUAUAUCAGAUCCAUCUGGUUUUUACUCUCAAUCCCUCUCAUCUCUCUUUGGUUCACUAGUUUCCCAGUCAUCAAAGUCCAAAUUCUUCAAAACCAACACAGGAACCGGCCAAACCACCAUUUCAGGUCUAUUCCAGUGCAGAGGAGACCUAACCAACGUAGAUUGCUACAACUGUGUCAGUAAACUUCCAACCCUGAUGAACAAACUAUGUGGAAAUCAAGUUGCUGCUAGAAUUCAGCUCUUGGGUUGCUACAUGAUGUAUGAAGUUUCUGGGUUUCCUCAGAUUUCAGGCAUGGAGUUACUUUUCAAGUCGUGUAAUGGGAAGAACAGAGAAGGGAGUGGAUUUGAGGAGAGAAGGGAUACUGCUCUUUCGUCUCUAAUGAAUGGAAUCGGUAGUGGGAAUGGAUUUUACACCACGAGUUAUCAAUCUGUUUAUGUUUUGGGUCAAUGUGAAGGAGAUGUUGGAAAUGGAGAUUGUGUUGAAUGUGUUAAGAGUGCUGUACAGAAAGCUCAGGUUGAAUGUGGAAGCUCCAUUUCAGGACAGGUUUAUCUUCAUAAGUGCUUUAUUAGUUAUAGUUUUUAUCCUAAUGGAGCACCAAAGACAUCUCAAUCUGAUUCUUCCCCAGGGUCAGGGGUAGAUGCAGGGAAAACGGUGGCAAUUAUUAUGGGUGCAUUAGCUGGACUAGGGUUUCUAGUCAUUUGUUUGAUGGUUGCUAAGAAUGCAACCAAGAAACAUGAUGAUUAUUGAAAGACAAGACCCGAGGAUUCUUAAUUUGUGAGAUUUUAGAUUCUUAAUUAACACGACGACGCACUAGGCCAACAGCAGCAGCGGAUUUGAGUGUUUCAAUAUCGAGAUCAGUCGUUGUAAAUGAACAAUAGAGGAAGGUUUUUGGACAUCAUUUUGUUUGCUAAUGUUGUUUGUGGUAAAAUAUUAAGAUAAAAUUCAAUUCCAAUUGAUUAAUGUAUAAUGUAUAUGUAAUGAUGAACUUAUGUCUCAUAUCUUCUUUUAACAAUAAUGUAUUGAUUUAAA